AUGUCGCAACCUUUGAAGUCGUAUCGCAUGUGGCAUGGCCCUGAGAGCAAUGCGGGAGGAAGGUCCGAAGAAGGGGAUGUACGCGAGCCCUUCCGCAACUCCUGCUUCAAGUUUGCACACAAUCUAUUCGUACACGAUAUCGCAGUCUUUUGGGAGGCCCUUGUUGUUGCUGCAUUCGACGUGCGAAAACUGGCUUGA